AUGAUGCUCGAAAAAGAAACUCCAAACGUGUUCCUCUUCUAUCCCAAUCUCAUUGGAUAUGGGAGGAUUGUGCUCGCCAUUAUCUCUUUCCGUGUAAUGGGGGAUAGCCCAGUUUUGGCCAUGUUCUGGUAA